AUGCAUCUUGAGAAAAUCACAGCUGCAGAAGCUACAAAUCUUCAGGUUGCAGAGGAGAAUGCUGCCACCGCCGAGGUUCAAGGCGAUCCGAGGAUUGGGGAGGAUAACGCUGUUAACACUAACUCUCAUGCAAUUCUACAGGAAGCUCUCACGGUUAUGAGGGGGACAGGUUCUUAUGCGACUAAGAAGGAUUCUCUGAUGCUUCUUAUCAGGAAGCAAAAUGAUGUGUUGAAGGAGCUGGGGAGGUCGAGGAAAGAUGUGAAGGAUUCCUUGGACUUACCAAGUUUGGAGGUUGUGCUUUUGACUACUUCAAAUCUUGAUCUGAAGGCCACUGAAAUCUAA